AUGCGUGGCGACCACAGCGAAGAACACGCGGCGGAAGUGAUGUCCAACUGGUUCUACGACAAGAACGAACUCCGGAGCACACCAUCGCUGGCCGAUGGGAUCAGCUUCGAGACGGAGCAGAGGUAUCGUCGGGAGGGCUCGCGGUUUAUACUACGGGUGGGGACGACCAUGAAGUUGCGGUUCGACACCAUGGCUACGGGUGUCAUAUACUUCCACCGCUUCUAUAUGUACCACUCAUUCAAGUCGUUCCCCCGUUUCGUGAGCGCCUCGUGUUGUCUCUUCCUCGCCGGCAAAGUGGAGGAGACGCCCAAGAAGUGCAAAGACAUCAUAAAGACGGCGCGCACUCUACUCACUGACCACCAGUUCGCCACUUUCGGCGACGACCCUAAGGAGGAGGUCCUCACUCUCGAGCGCAUUGUUCUGCAGACCAUCCGAUUCGACCUCCAGGUGGACCACCCGUACGAAUACCUCCUGAAGUACGCCAAGAGUCUGAAGGGCGACAAAGACAAGCUCAACAAAAUGGUUCAAAUGGCCUGGACUUUCAUCAACGAUAGUUUGUCGACAACGAUAUGUCUUCAGUGGGAACCGGAGAUCAUAGCGAUUGCACUCAUGUUUUUGGCCGGAAAGCUGUCCAAAUUCGAGGUCACGGACUGGGAGGGAAGGCUUCCCAAACACAAGCACUGGUGGGAUAUGUUUGUCGAAGACAUUAACGUCGACGUACUCGAAGACAUCUGCCAUCAGGUGCUGGACCUGUACUCGACGCCACUGCCGGAGACGCCCCAGGAUUCGCCGCCCAAUAGCCCGGCGCCCACCGGACAGAGCCCUCCAAACAAAGCCCCGUUGACGGCGGCGACGGCCACUCCCAACGCUAUGGCCCCUCCGAUGCCGACCACUCCCGUGACGCCCGGCGUUAUUGUGCCGCCGCCUCCACCCCAUCCGACACCGCCUCAAAUGUCCACCAAUUCUGUCAAACCUCCGCCGCAACUGUACGGCACGAAUCACACGCAGGGCUACCGGUUCGUGACGGCCGUCGGUCAGGCAAUGGCUGUCCCGCCGCUCCCACCCCCGCCACCCGUUCCUCCGACGCCGCCCUCAUGGGACCCAAACUUCCAGUUCUACCAGAACUACAAACCAUUUGCCGGAUAUUCUGGUGCUCCGCAGGCCGGUGUCCACGGCAUGCCUCCCGUCACAGUACCGCCACCACCGCCGCACCCCAUCCACCCGUCCGCACACAUGGCCACUGCCGGCGUAAUACCGCCGCCACCGCCCGGAAUGGCACCGUUACCACCGCUGCCGCCACACAUGCCGGCCCCACCACCGCCGCCCCACCUGACGGUCAUUCCCACGCANAGGGGUCCUUAUAAUAGUUACUACUAUUUCAUGGAACACAAGAAGAAGUACUGCAACGCUCUGAAGACAACGGACGGAUCCACGCCGGACGACGCGAGACAAUUGAUGGCACAAAACAGGGCUAAGAAGUCAUUCGCCGCGGAGGACGCGACCAAUUCACACACAAAUGAGUCGAUAUGUCUGAACCCAACGGUUCCGAGGGCUCGCAAAACGGUUCCUAACUAUGCGAACGUGAGUUCACCGCAAAUCAGUCACGACUCGAGCGCACCGGUAGACACGAACGCCACUACAGAUCCCGAGGAUGUGGUGAUCAGUGUGUCUGAAGUGACCAAAUGCUCGCUCUGUGCCGAGGAGUUCGACGACGUCUUGCAGUUCAUCCGCCACCGGCUGUCGCACAUCACACAAGAGUUGAUGCAAAACGAGUCGAUCGACGCCUUGGACUGCGAGCUGUGCGGUGCUCGCGUCCAUCACUACCAGCGCAUCCAACAGCACCUCAUUCUUCACUUACAAAACGUCCAAAUCCUCAAAAAGAAGAAUCUGAUUGAAGUGACAAAGAAGUCGCUGGAGAUGAGGACCGACUCCAUCAACGAGAGCGACGACGAGGACCCGGACGGCGAGGGCGACGACUCUCUACUCCACUGUCCGUACUGUAAAUCGGAGUACAAAUCGCGGCACGAGUUGGCCAACCAUAUCAAGAAGACGUGUCCCUACAGAUACCAGUGCUCUCACUGCCAUAACACGUACCUCACAAAGGACUCGUACUUAGAGCACAGGGAGGAGUGCACCAAAAACACGGCCAUCAAUAGGAUUGCGUCGAAAGCGCCUAAAUUUAAGUGCAGAAACUGUGGCCUCGAGUUCCGAAUCAAACAACAGCUCCUAUGGCACGAACACGCCUGCAAUAAGGUGUACACCGCCGACCACUCCGGGAGGGUUGAGGAAGUGAUUGAGAGAACCCUUUCGUGCAGUGUUUGUGGUUUAGUGAGCGAUGUCUACGAGAGUAAAGUGAGACACGAGUCCCAGUGUCUCAACAGGUAUUUGGCGGUCAUCGGCAACAGCACUGAAGAAAUCAAGUCCAACGGCGAGUCCAUAAUAAAGCCGUUGAGUGUUCUCCAGGACUUCGAUAUGACGAGUCUCUCGGAGUCGUCGGACGAGUCGGAAGUUCCCGAAGCGCUCAUCAAUAAUCUGAAGCACGAGUUCGGUAUUCGGAAAGACGUGAAAGUCGUGUUGAAUGCCUUCGACGAGGAGAUCGUGCGACAGCUGAAGACUGACCUCUACUGCGAGAGGGAUGAGAGCAUCCAAUUCGAGACACUGAAGGAGUCGUUCCUAACACUCGUGCGACGACUCGUCAAAAACGAGGAACUCUUGCGGAUGAGUGAGGAGUCGUCGGCUGAGGUGUUGUUGUGCCGAAUGUUGAAGUAUUUGGGAGAAGAGCCGCUCGAACAUAACGGUCUGAAUGAGUUGAACUGCUUUCGCCAGAAUCUGCAGACAUUCCUCAAACUGACCAUUAAAGACGACACACUCAUCCUCGCCUACAGGGACGCCGAGUCGGUCGACGAGGCCAUCAUCAAUAUGCUUAACUUCGAGUGCGAACUCCAUUGCUGACCACCACUACCACCCCUCCCCUGACACACCCACUUUCAGUCGCUGAUUAGCUUAUUAUCUCUUUCUCUCUCCACUCCUCACAACCACCGCAUCGUCGCUACCACUACUCGACUACUGGUCUAUAAUUAUUACUAAUUAUUAAUGAUUUAGUUUUAAAUUAUUUACAACUAAUGAUUGCAUCGAUUUUACGCUCGCUUUCGCCAGAGAAGCGCCUGAUAUUCGGCCCACUAUUAGGAAAGCGUUUAUUUAUUUUAUUAAUGUAUUUGAUUGACACUUCAGUUUUGUUGUAGUUUUUGACGC